AUGCUACGCAACUUGGCAGUAAACUUUGAUACAAUCGAUAGCUUUGAUGACUUGGUACAGGCUCUCUUGUCUAAAGCAAAAGGACUCGAUCAAAACCAUCAAGAGCUUGCUCAACAGUUGAUCGCUAUCAUCAAAACAACAUAUAUGGGCAAUCCAACACCGUUCUCUAUUGAUCCGAAAUCGGGACCCGCCUACGCGGACUUUAUGCAAAGUAUCUGGGUCGAUUACUUGGAUCACAGCGAUGACCUCAUGACUCCUAGCGAGGCCCUGGAAAUUGCUUCCAUCACCAAUGCUGCAUGGGAUAAGGCAGAGAGAAACUAUCAAAUUAAGGGUGUUUCUUGUUUACCACCGUCAGAUUCUUCUUUGAUCGUUCAAGUGGCCUCACGAUCUAUCAAGUUCUCCGGUAAUGCCUAUCGAUAUGGAAAGCUUAUGCUUCCGGAAGAGCAUAUUUUUGGACCGUUUAAUAUGUAA